AUGGAAACUUGGCCUCGUGUCACGGUCAUUUUGGGCCACAUUCGCUUGGCGCUUCCUGUGUUUCAUGUGGGGUAUUUUCGGGCAGUAAUUCUGGUUCUUCAGUGCAUUUGCAAGCUGUGUUCCGCCGUGCUAUUAGACGAAGAAACCAAAAGAAAGUUCCUCAAUGAUCUUCGGAGACCAGGAAUCGACAACUUGCGCCGGAUGAAAACCCUCAAAAAAGUGGUGGAUCAAUGUAAGAAGCAACGACGCUGUUUGCGAUGCUACCAUAUAAACGGAGUGGUCAAAAAAGCCGCUAGUGGAUCCGGUCCAGCGGCUUUGAAAAUCGUCCACGACACGUUCCGGUGGGUUGGAAAGAAGUCUGCUCCCGAAAAGGAUGCCUGGGACCAGGAAUUUGAUGAAGUUUUUGCCCGUAAUCCUGAGGUUGAAAAAUUCGCUAAAAGGGUCCACGACGACCUCAAUCCUCUCAAAGUGCUCAAUUUGUUCAAGCAGAUUACCCCUCAAGAUUGUGAACUUUUUGGAAUUGACGCUUCUCGUGGAGGAAGACCGGAAAUGUACAUCUGGCGGUACUUGCCAGCUCCUCCUGUUUGCAUUCGUCCCUCGGUGAUGAUGGAUGCCCAGCUGAACGAAGACGAUAUUACCGUGAAACUCACAGAAAUUGUGUGGACGAGCUCUCUUAUCAAGGCGGGCAUAGAGAAGGGUAUUUCUAUCAAUAAUCUCAUGGAACAGUGGGAUUAUCUUCAGCUCUCGGUGGCCAUGUACAUCAAUUCCGAUGCCGCAAAUCCAGCAUUACUUCCUAGUAUGAGUGGAGGUGCCAAGUCCGCAAAGCCCAUUCGUGGUUUCUGCCAGCGUCUCAAGGGAAAACAAGGUCGGUUCCGUGGUAACUUGUCAGGUAAAAGAGUCGAUUUUUCAGCCAGAACCGUCAUCUCGCCCGAUCCAAAUCUUCGUAUUGACGAGGUAGCAGUUCCAGAUCGGGUUGCAAAAGUGUUGACCUACCCGGAAAAGUGUACUCGCUACAACAGAAAGAAGUUGCAACAGCUCAUCCUCAACGGACCAGAUGUCCACCCUGGUGCCAACUAUGUGAUGAAGCAAAACGAAGCUGCCAAGCGUAAUUUGCGUUUUGGUGACAAGGUCAAGUUGGCUAAGAAUUUGCAUGUGGGCGAUGUUGUGGAGCGUCAUAUCGAGGACGGUGACGUUGUUUUGUUCAACAGACAACCCUCUUUGCAUAGAUUAUCCAUCUUAUCGCAUUAUGCCAAGAUUCGGCCAUGGAGAACUUUCAGACUCAAUGAAUGUGUUUGUACCCCAUAUAACGCCGAUUUCGAUGGUGACGAGAUGAACUUGCAUGUUCCGCAAACAGAGGAAGCGAGAGCUGAAGCCAUUAACUUGAUGGGAGUGAAAAAUAAUCUCUUGACUCCGAAAUCUGGAGAACCUAUUAUCGCUGCCACGCAAGAUUUCAUAACUGGAUCUUAUCUCAUUUCACACAAAGAUUCAUUCUACGAUCGUGCAACGUUUAUACAGCUUCUCAGCAUGAUGUCUGAUGCCGAUCUCCAAUUCGAUCUCCCCCCACCAACGAUUUUCAAGCCGGUAAUGCUUUGGACAGGAAAACAGGUUUUCUCGCUUUUGAUGAAACCCAAUAAAAACUCCAACGUUAUCGUUAAUUUGGAUGCUAAAAACAAAGCUUUCACUCCUCCCGCUCCUGGAUACCCCAAUGAAAUGUCCCCUAAUGAUGGCUAUGUCAUUAUUCGUGGCUCGCAAGUUCUCAGUGGUGUCAUGGACAAGCUGACACUAGGCGAUGGUAAAAAGCACUCUGUAUUUUACACGAUUUUGCGAGAUUUCGGACCCGAUGCUGCUGCUGAAGCAAUGAACAGAAUGGCUAAACUCUGUGCUCGAUACCUUGGAAACCGUGGUUUUUCCAUUGGUAUUAAUGAUGUUACUCCGGGAACGGAUUUGAAGCGUAAGAAAGAACUCAUGGUUGAGCAGGCGUAUCUCAAGUGUGACGAGCUCAUCGACUUGUACAACAGAGGAAAGCUUGAGACUCAACCGGGUUGUAACGAAGAGCAAACUUUGGAAGCCAAGAUUGGAGGAUUGUUGUCCAAAGUUCGUGAACAAGUUGGUGAAGUUUGCAUCAAUGAACUUGACUCCGCCAAUGCUCCGUUGAUUAUGGCUACCUGUGGAUCCAAGGGUUCGACAUUAAACGUCUCGCAAAUGGUGGCUGUUGUAGGACAGCAGAUUAUUUCAGGUAAUCGUGUUCCCGAUGGAUUCCAAGACAGAUCGUUACCACACUUUACCAAAAAUUCCAAAACUCCGCAAUCCAAAGGUUUCGUCAGAAACUCGUUCUUUUCUGGUCUUUCUCCUCCUGAGUUCCUAUUCCACGCCAUUUCAGGAAGAGAAGGGUUGGUGGAUACCGCAGUUAAAACCGCCGAGACCGGUUAUAUGUCGCGGAGAUUGAUGAAGUCCUUAGAGGAUCUUUCCGCCCAGUACGACAAUACAGUGAGAAACUCCUCAAAUGGUAUUGUUCAAUUCACCUAUGGAGGUGACGGUUUGGAUCCUUUCGACAUGGAGGGAGACGCUCGUCCUGUGAAUUUUGCAAGACAGUGGUCGCAUGCCUACAAUGUGACUUACGAUGUCAAUGACUUGGGUUUGUUACCCUACAAGAUAUUGCAAGCUACCGAUGAUGUUCUUGCUCCUUUGGAGGCCAAGUUGAUUCGAUAUGAUAAUCUCGGUCAGCCGGUUACAGAGGGUGAAGCUGAUAGUGAAGAGUUCAUUGAUCAGAAUGAUGCUGAACGAGCAUUUUACAAAUCUAUACGAGAGUUUGUUCUGGAGAAAGCUUCACAACUUGCUGAAAUAAGACAAAGCAAGAACCUUAAAUCGGGAUGGAGCCGCCCUGCCUCCAAAGAUGAUCCUGUCCAGCUCAAUGCCGUGAACCAGUUGUCCAAGAUUUCCUUGAAAGCGAUCAACAAGUUCCUCGACCAGUGUAUAUACAAGUACUCCAGAGCCAAAGUUGAACCCGGAACUGCUGUCGGGGCUAUUGGAGCUCAGUCUAUUGGUGAGCCCGGUACUCAGAUGACGUUAAAGACUUUCCAUUUUGCCGGUGUUGCUUCUAUGAAUGUCACACUUGGUGUGCCCAGAAUCAAGGAAAUUAUCAACGCUUCGAAGGUGAUUUCAACUCCUAUUAUCAAUGGAGUUUUGGUCAACGACGAUGAUGAAAUUGCUGCCAGAGUGGUGAAGGGAAGAAUAGAAAAGACUUUGUUAGAAGAUGUGGCAUUUUUCAUCGAAGAUGUCUACAAGGACAACUUGGCGUAUCUCUCGGUCAAGAUUGAUCUCGAUACUAUCGAGAAGCUUCAGUUGGAAUUGACCAUAGAGUCUAUUGCUCAUGCCAUAGUUACGGCUCCCAAGCUCAAGAUUGUGGCUAGUGAUGUUUCGAUUGCAGGCAGAGAUAGAAUCAACGUUUUGGUGACGUUGAGAGAAACCAAAGCAGAUUUGUUGAAGAACAUGGCCGAUGAUUAUAGAGCAUCUGACUCCACGAAUUCACUCUUUUUCCGCAUGCAGCAGCUCAAACGAGCCUUACCAUCUGUGUGCAUUAAAGGCUUGCCAGAGAUAUCCAGAGCAGUUAUCAACAUCAAAGACAACGGCAAGAAGGAAUUGUUGGUUGAAGGAUACGGAUUGAAGCAGGUGAUGAGCACCGAUGGUAUUAUAGGCACCAAAACCACCACCAACCAUGUUCUUGAAGUUUUCGAGGUUUUGGGAAUCGAGGCAGCUCGGGCUUCUAUCAUUGGAGAAAUUGACUAUACCAUGAGUAAGCACGGUAUGAGCGUCGAUCCCAGACACAUCCAGCUUCUUGGAGACGUCAUGUCGUACAAGGGAGAAGUGUUGGGUAUCACCAGAUUUGGAUUGAGUAAAAUGAGAGACUCUGUAUUGCAAUUGGCUUCGUUUGAAAAAACCACCGAUCACUUAUUUGAUGCUGCUUUCUACAUGAAGAAAGACCAGAUCGAAGGUGUUUCCGAGUGUAUCAUUUUGGGACAAACCAUGAGCAUUGGUACUGGUGCUUUCCAACUUGUAAAAUCUUCACCAUACGAACCAAAAGUACUCGAGCAGAAACCCACCUUGUUCGAGUCCGUAUGCCUGCCCAUUGCAGCAUGUUAG